AUAUUUAUCAAGUCUAAUCAUUUCUUUAUAUUUACAGAUUUUAUCAAACUUUGUUUUUAAGUAUAGUAUUGUUUCUCUUUGUCUACAGCCAAUUAUAAAUUACCAUAUUAACUGGUUGGAAGUGACAGGAUUUACCCAAUAUUUAUCAAGUCUAAUCAUUUCUUUAUAUUUACAGAUUUUAUCAAACUUUGUUUUUAAGUAUAGUAUUGUUUCUCUUUGUCUACAGCCAAUGAUACAGCAAAUUAUAAAUUACCAUAUUAACUGGUUGGAAGUGACAGGAUUUACCGCUCAACAGGGUCGGUGGUUCUACGCUUUACUCUCCUGUCUGGAGAAACCCCUAACUCCUGAAGCGUGUUCUUCUCUUCGGUCUUUGGCUAGAGCGUGUGCUAACUUACGGGCAUCGUUAGAAACUAAAGAAGAUCCUCGAUUGAUACCUUUGAACCUGUUGAUAUGUUUAGUUGCUAGAUACUUUGACCAAGGAGAUCUUGCCGAUAAAACGUAAACUUUUACCAUUAGAAUAUAAUAAUGAGAGAAAAAAAGUAUGAAAUUAUACACCAUUGGCCAGGCAUAUAUCUAUAAAAUGAAUCACUGACCCGAUGUAUAUGCAGAAAAAUAUUUCUAUAUGGAAUAGACCUAACAAACUGAAAUGUACAUCAAUCAUGCUAUGUUAUGAAAAGCAUUCACUACUUGUCGAAAAAGAAGAAAGUAGCACUUAUACAUUUUAAUACUGAAACUAAAUGCUUUACAGCUUCUUCAGAAGUGUUCAAAUACAACACAAACUGUAACUGACAGUAUACAGUUUCAUACUGUUAGUUAGUGUGUUUUCGUGGAACACUUCCGAAGAAGCUGUAAAGCAAAACAGUGAGUGUCCAAUUAAAGAAAACUAACAAAUCUGGUGUUAUAAGGUCGUUUAUCAUUGAUAUUAAAAUGUCUUAUGGGCAAUACAGAAAUUAAAUUACGAAUAUUUAUACCUUAAACUUUUCAUAUUAAACUCGUAUUAUUUUAAAACCUUAGUCAGUUAACUUAAACUGCUAUGUUAAGAACGUUUAAGUUAUUCCAUAGACAUUAACUAUCCUUUAUUGCAUAAAGUUGAAAAAAAAACUUUAAUUAGAAAUUUUAAAUUGCCACUAACAUUGUGGGUUUUUUUUUAUUAUUUUCUUUUAAAGAAAGAGUGAAAGUAAAUAAACUAAAUUUUUAAAUACCUGUUAUUUUUAUUAUCAAAUUGAAUAAUGUAUCCAUUAAGAUUUGCUGGGAACUCAAAGGUAAUAAACCUGUAAUAAAAACUGUUUGGAUCUUCUUUUUGAAGACUAUUUUAAGACAUUUUUCUUGAAAAUAGUAUCAACAUUUAAAAAUACUUAUAUGAUAUUCUUCAGAAAGCAGAAGUUUCUUGUUUUAAUUAAAGUUAUUAAACAAAUUUUAUUUAGUUAAGUGUUUUACUUCGUAAAACUUGUGUCCAAUUUUUUUAAUCAUAAGAUUAUUUUUUUGUCAAUUAAAAAUUUGAAAUUACGUUUUUGGUAUUCUUAUUAAGAAUAAUAAGAAUACCAAAAAAUAAUGUGAAGUUUGCAAAUAAUAUAAAAAAAAAUCUUAUGAUUAAAAAACUUUGAUAUAAGUUGUUUAUUGAGCAUGACUAGAGACACAUCUGAGUUUUAGGUAAUUUUUAUAACUUAACUAACAUUGAUACGUUAGAUAAUUCUCUAGUUUGUAUUUCUUUCAUCCUGUAAUGUUUUCUUUGUUAGGGAAAACAACUUUGCUUGGGUCAGUGGUCAAAUUACAGUAUUCCAAUAAGAGUAAUGUUGUUUCUGGUACGUGAUAAAGUUUUUACAAGUUGUAAGGAACAGGAAUUAUUAAAAAAAUGAACAGUA